AUGUCUCGACGCAUUCGAUAUGAGCCAUACCCCGGCCGUAAAAGUCCCAAUGAAUCAGCUUCUCCACAGAUCGGACCAAGAUUGAGGAAUCGACCUCGUCAACCCACACCGUCCACGAGCAAAGUUCAGAAGACUACAACUCAAUCACAAAAAGCUAAGAACUUACCGAAGAGCAAGAAGUUACCAUCAGUACCAAGCACCAACAACAACCACGACAACAAUGAAACGAAGAAAGAUCAAUCACAAAAAGCUACGAACUUACAGAAGAACAAGAAGCCAUCAGUUCAAACAGUUCAAACCAACGAUCAACCUCCAAUCAAAGAAAAUCCUGUGCUUACAUUAUCGAAGAGCAAGCACCUACCAAAGGGCAAGGCCGUACAAGCAGAACCACUUUAUGACGAUUUAUCUCAAUUCAAUCACGAUGAUGAAGCAGACAGCAGUCGCAUUCAUGAAGAUGAUGAUCACUGGGAACACAAACAUGGCGAUGAUGCUGACUCGACCCACAUGACUGGUUUUAAGUUAGCCUCCUUCAACAAUCUCUCAAGUCAGGCUCAGCUUGAUGAGCAUCAUAAAACUUUGGGCCGGCAAAUAUGUAACGUGGCUGGGGGCGAGAACCAAUUCAAUGCCUGCAUAGUCACUAUGCUUUCGGAGCUUAAAGUACAAUCCUCAAAUGGAUUCAGCCAAACCAAAUCAAAACGAGGCAGGACAAUCAUGACUACUGACACCACUGACAACUGGGAAGACUCAUACGAACUCAGACAAUGCAUACGGUUGAUUGCAACUAAUUGCAUUACAAGUCCUGAUGUGCAAGCAUAUACCGCCACUCGAGACACACUUGGCAAACAGGAGACACUUCCUCGGUCCUUGUAUGCGAAAACCAUGACUUUGAUCUUAUCAAAACCAACCAAGUGGAAGAAACGGCUCCUUCCACCGGCAUACGGUAUUGAUCCGGAUCCUCGACAUACAGCCUUAUUCCAAAAGGCUAUCAACAAAAUUUUGAAAGAUAUCCGAAAGUCGUUUGAAGAAACUCUCCUGACUGAGAUCAACCUUCCAAACCGAAAAAGCAACCCACCUUACGGAAAUGUCCCACUACUUGAGGUCAUGAUAGUCAAACUUCAAGAAAAGAAAAAAGUUUUUGUUGGUGGCCCAAUUGUUCGUGAGGAAAUUGUGGAAAAAUUGGACCACAUCCAAGAGGCUCGAUUUGCUUGGUUGAGAAUGCAAGUCUGCCACUGGGGACUAGGGCGCGACCGAUACAAUAACCGUUCCUUUUGGAAGGUUGUAGAUGCUCAUUUGGAGUUCUUACGUGGUCAAACCACAAGGUACCGUUAUGCAUACUUUACCGCAGUGUUGCAAGAUGACUUUGACCGCAUCACCUGGGAGAAGACCUUUGACGAACUCAAAAAACACUGCGACUUUUCCCUGCCUAGCAAUAAUCGCAUCGAAAAGGUGAUGAAGGAACUCGACAAGACCUUUGGAACAAGGUUAGCGCCCGAUGAGGCGGCACAUCAAUUGCCGGGACCAAUAGAGGAUAAAGAACAUUCGGUAGAAAAGGAAAAUGACCCAGUUGAAGAGGUAAAUGAACCCGUUGGACCGGAAGAUGAAGAAGAGGAUGAACCAGAAGAGGAAGAAGAAGAAGAGGAUGAUGAAGAGCAAGAAGAGGAUGGAGAGGAUGAUGAAGAGCAAGAAGAGGAUGGAGAGGAUGAUGAAGAGGAAGACUUGUGA